AGUUGCGCUGCUGUACACAAGAAUCUCAUCUGCUGUGGAGAAAAAGUGCCAACAGGCGAGGGGAAAAAAACAAAACAGCAGUGCCGGUUUAACGUUACGGCUAAGUUUCACAUAUGUCGAUUAAAAGCUGUAAAAAGCGUCCUGCGUUACGAGUCUGGGGCAUGUUUUUGUAUCUCUGAGGUAAAUACCCUGAGCGUUAGCUCGCUGGAGAGUCUUCGGUCUUCAAUCUCAGAAGUGGCAUUUUUGAGUUCACUCGUCUCGCCUCGUCCUCGCGACCAGCUCGGCUUCGGGUUUGUGGCGCUUGUCUUUUUUUCUCGGAUGUGAUUUUUGGCUGUGGGCACGCCAGCCUAGAUUAUUUGGUUGAAGAGGACAGACACUGUCGCUUGAGGAGGAGAAGAAAAUUCACUUUGGUGAAGAAGAUGACUCGGCGCGGUUUAACCUAGCUCCGACUGGCUAGCUAACUCUCCGGCUCAACGGUCGUUUUUCUCCACGAAACCGCUGGACCGACCGUGGUGGUGCUUUCCUUGUCAUUUCCCUCCCGUGUUUCCAAAGCGAGUUCUCAGCGAGGAGCCCAUACACGAUGGCAGACAGCGGACGAAUGAAGCCCGCCGCCGGAGAAAGCCCCAGCUGCGGCAGGAGGAAAGGAGAAAGCCCGGGCAGCUCCAGCUCCAGCUCCAGCCCGGGCUCCAGCAGAAGGAAGCCGCCGCAGUCUCCCGGUUCUCGGUCCAAACAGCCGGCCAACAACAACGGACACUCUUUCCGCAAGGUGACUCUGACCAAACCGACUUUCUGCCACCACUGCAGCGACUUCAUCUGGGGGCUGGUUGGGUAUGUUUGUGAAGUGUGUAACUUGAUGUCUCACGAGAAGUGUUUGAAGCACGUGCGGACCGUGUGUUCCUGUAUGGCUCCUACACUAGUGCGGGUCCCUGUAGCCCACUGCUUCGGUCCAGCCGGUCAGAAGAAGAGGUUCUGCUGUGUGUGCCGGAAGAACCUGGAAGGAACUGCAGCCCUACGCUGUGAGGUAUGUGAGUUGCAUGUUCACAGCGACUGCGCCCCUUUCAGCUGCAGUGACUGUCGCCUGUGUCACCAGGAUGGAGGGCAGGACUAUGACAUGUACCAUCACCACUGGCGGGAGGGAAACAUGGCAUCUGGGGCGCGCUGUGAGGUGUGUCGCCGUGCGUGCAGUUCCUCUGACGUGCUGUCUGGGAUGAGAUGCGAGUGGUGUGGUAUCACGGCGCACGCGUCCUGUUACAUAAUCAUUUCUCCAGAGUGCAGUCUGGGACGCCUGCGCAGCAUGAUCCUCCACCCUAGCUGUGUGCGUGUCUGCUCCCGCAACUUCAGCAAGAUGCACUGCUACCGCAUCUCCGAGACGUCGCAGCAGUGCGAGCUGGAUAAUCUGGAUGAUGUCGAUGUCCAGAGCCCAGUAGCAUCAAAGGAGAAUCAGUCCUCAGGUUCAUCAGAUACUGGGAAGCAGACUCUCAAAGUGUUUGAUGGGGAUGAUGCCGUGAAGCGUAACCAAUUCCGGUUGGUCUCCAUUCCUAGAAUCACCAAGAACGAGGAAGUGGUGGAGGCAGCACUAAGGGCGUUUUACAUCCCAGACGAGCCGCAGGACUACGAGCUCCAGAUUCACGCCCAGCAGGGCCUGCUCACCGAUGACAUCAUCAACCGGAACGGCACACCUGACAACAAGGCGGUGUUUAAGGACAGUCAGCCGGAGGCGUGGCUUCUCCGAGCCAAACCCCGAGAGGUGGAGCUGCUGAAGAUCUACGCUGGCUGGCUCAAGCUUGGUGUUGCCUACAUAUCCAUCACUGUUGGGAAGAGCAGCACUGUGGACUCUGUCAUUAAGGAAGUGCUUACACAGCUUGGGAAAGAGGAUGAAAACCCAGCAGAUUUCAAUCUUGUAGAGGUUUUCAUGAGCAGCAAACAAGUGCAGCGGCAGGUUCUGACUGGUCAGGAGCUCCUUCUGGAGAAGCUGAGAGAGAUCAGGAAGGUUUCUCUGCGGCAGAUGAACCAGACCCGGUUCUACGUUGUGGAGAGCAGGAAUCGGGUUGUGCAGGUUGACCUGCUGCUGGGAGGCUUUCCACUGCAGCUCAGCACAGAGGAGUAUACACAGUUGCUUCAGCAACACCUGGCUAUUAAGAGUCACUUGGUCACCAUCACUCACGUGUAUGCCGGACAAGGUGCGGUGGCCCUACAGAUCAGCUGUUUCUCUGAAGCAGAGCGGAUCUACAUGCUGGCCAAGGACACAAACGUUAACGGCAAACAGCUCACCUCUCUCGUCAUCCCAGAAAUCAUGCAAAGCAAGCUGGCCAAAGGUUCUUGUCCCCUGCUGGUCUUCGUCAAUCCUAAAAGUGGAGGCCUGAAAGGCAGAGAGAUCCUUUAUGGCUUCCGGAAACUUCUCAAUCCCCAUCAGGUGUUUGAGCUGACCAGUGGAGGGCCACUACCCGGGCUGCACACGUUUCGGGAGGUGCCCCACUUUCGGAUGCUGGUGUGUGGGGGAGAUGGGACAGUGGGCUGGGUGUUGGGAGUGCUGGAAUCCAUCAGACACAAACUGUCCUGCCCUGAGCCAGCUAUUGGCAUCAUCCCUUUGGGCACAGGUAAUGACCUAGCACGUGUCUUGCGGUGGGGUGCAGGCUACAGUGGAGAGGAUCAUUACAGCAUCCUGGUGUCAGUGGACGAGGCAGAAGAAGUUGAAAUGGACCGCUGGACCAUUCUAUUUGACGCUCAGGAGAUGACGGAAGAUGGCAAGCAAAACGGCUUCCUGGAACCGCCUAAGAUAGUCCAGAUGAAUAACUACUUUGGCCUGGGGAUUGACGCUGAACUCAGCCUGGACUUCCAUCAUGCUCGAGAAGAAGAGCCGGGCAAAUUCAACAGCAGGUUUCAUAACAAGGGCGUGUACGUGAAGGUUGGCCUGCAGAAGCUGAGCCACACAAGAAAUCUCCAUAAAGACCUAAGACUGCAGGUAGACAAGCAGGACAUAGAGCUGCCCAGUAUAGAGGGACUCAUUUUCCUCAACAUCCCCAGCUGGGGCUCUGGUGCUGAUCUGUGGGGUUCGGAUAGUGAUGCACGCUUUGGAAAGCCUAGGAUAGACGACGGCAUGCUGGAGGUAGUAGGAGUGACCGGAGUGGUUCACAUGGGUCAGGUCCAGAGCGGGCUGCGCUCAGGGAUCCGAAUCGCCCAAGGCAGCUACAUUCGCAUCAUAGUAACCAAGCCCAUCCCGGUGCAGGUGGACGGGGAGCCGUGGAUUCAAGCUCCUGGGCAGAUUAUCAUCUCCGCCGCUGGACCGAAGGUGCGCAUGCUAAAGAAGUCCAAGGUCAAGCCGAAGAAGCAGUCUAGCAGUCUGAGGGAGGGAAGAGCCGAGAGCCCAGUGCCAGGGGAAGGAGCAAACUGAUACUCAAACACUUACGCGCUGCCAGCUCACCAUGAUGUGGGCCACCGAGUUAACAAGGCUGUGCGCAUGGCCUCAGUGGGGUAAUACAGCCCAGACAUUCAUAACGAGCGCUCACAGCGUCCAGAGGAUUAGAGGAGACAUCAGCAGAAACGGAAUAAUAUUUCAGAUUAAAAAAAAAAAACAAAACGAAAAUAAACUCAGAGCGUGUAGUGUUUAGGAGGUAUGGUUCCAAUACAAAGGAAAUCAAGCUCACUUAAGCACCCUUGUCUUGUCAUUUAUUUGAUUGUGCCCCAAGAUGAAGAUGCUGAGCAUUUGAUGUAAAUUAGAAGGGCAUUGCUUUGAAGUAAAGAUGUUUAGAAACUAGAAGGAGCAAAGCAGAGUGGUUAGGGAACGCGAAAGACAGCUUUCACUUAUAGCACAUUUUCCUUUUUCUGUUGUUACUCAGUGACUGUAAAUUUAGCUCUUUAAAAAAGUUUAGCUCUCUUGUGCUGCUUUGAAUGUAAUUGCCAUUACAUGUAAUUGUAAUUAAUCGUAAUUGCCACUGCAACAAACACUGUGUUGGUUGUACCAAGUAAAAGCUUUCCUUGAGCACUUACACCAAGCAAAAUUACAGUCAGCAAAUGAAGUCUCUUUUUUUCAGAGAUUUCUAUUGAGUUUACAUCUACUUUUCUUUCUUUUUUCACUCUUCGAUUGUUACUGUUGCUGUGUAACCGGUGUCUUACCUGAAUUUUACAUGCAGUAGCAAGAACUUGUAGCUUUUUUUCACUAUGCACUACCGUCCAGAAGUUUGGAAUCACUUUUUCAAAAGUUUGGAAUCAAUGUUUUUUAAUAAUAUGCUGCAGAUACAUGCAACUACAAUGCUACUAUUCUAUGGGGUUUUAAGGUUGUAGGCCUGGUGACUCUAACAGAGUUACUGCAGCCCCCAGCGAUGGUAAAAAUUAAUUUAACACUGCUUUGAAAAAAGUUUUCCCACACGUGACCAUAACUGAACAAUUAAACAAGUUGAGUACCCUGACAUCAGGCCUAGAUCAUCCCAUGGGAUUUAUGGACAUAAGCCCAGAGGUCCAAGCCAGAAGGGGGCUCCUGCGAGCAAUUUUGAGAAAAUCUGAACCACGAUUUCACAGUAGGAACUUUGCUAGCACCAAGAAAAAAUGAAAUCAUUUCAGAUUUGUCAUUGUGUUACGGGCGAUCACCAGGAACCAGGGAGAACUUAGAUUUUUUUUCAGCGAGGAAGUGAUUCCAAACUUUUAAACGGUAGUGUACGUGCACAAACAUUCUCACACUGUGCCUAUAGUCUGCAUAAAAAUGUCAAUCAAAGCAAAAUAACAUCAGUCGGACUUAGCGGAGCUUCUUACACUCCUACUAGAUAGAUGAUGAGGGAAGUGUCAGCUGAAUGUCCGUAUCUAUAAAGAAAUGCAUCUUGGUGAAGUCUGAUGAAAUUGCUUUUUCAAAGACUAAAGCAGCUGAGUUUGGGGGGCGGUUUUAAGUCGUCUGAGGCAAGUUUUGUGCUUUGACUUACAACGGAUACCAUUAGGUAGAGGGAGCUAGUGUGAGGUCAGUAAACAAGAACAACUACUAAAUGGAGCUUUUGUGCUCAGUUGUGUUAAGUGACACGUUCCCUUUGGUUGGUCAUAGUCAUGUGGUCAUGUCAAUCAAUUGCGGCCUUUCCGGUCAGAACUCCCGUUCUGUUACAAGCAUGAGCGUUUUAGCAUUGUGACGUGAGUGUGUGUAGAUGAACUCUCGUCCCGGAGUAAUUUACACUGUUCAUUAUGGUGUACUAGACAAAUGAUUGCAGAGUUGUAACCGUGUCCUAUUGUAAAGCUGUACAGUAAAUAUCUAGGUGCAAGCACAAUGCUUCAAUAUAUAGUAAUAUAUAUGAGUAUAUACUGUGUCGUACUGUAUACAUGUAUUUGAUGUACAGUGACUGGUCAGUCCUGUUCCAACAGAGUGUAUUUCUAUGAGGCUGACUGAACAUGUAUUUAUAGUAUUCAGUUAAACUGUAGUAGAGGUGUCGAAAUCCUUAGCCGGCUUGCCCAUCGUACUCAGACAACGCUGAAUUUAGAACAAAUAGGCUGCAAACUCAAACACAUAACUAUUCUUUCUUUUCAUCUACCUCUGUGGUCUUCACUCCUGGUUCUGCUACUUUCUACUGAACUCUUGAAUCUUUUGCUUUCAGGAGAUGGCUGGCCCACCUGGUGUCUAAAAUGCUAACACACCAACCUUCCUUCCCCAGCCCCUUUCCCCCAAAAUGUAAAAAUGGAAUACUCCAGUGUUUUUCAACCAGCAUCUGUAUCAUGUUUAUCACAGAACAAAAACAAUAUAUGUAGAAUCAAAACUCACUUAUAAUAGAAGUCAGGGGGCAGGUGCUUCAAGAAACGCUCAAGUAUUCCCUUAAAUAAGCGAAAUUCUGGAUGCCAAAGGACUGAUUUGAUUUUUUUCGAGAGGUUGAAGCCUUAUGCACUGCAAGGUCGGGUGCCACCAUCCAGAAGUAUUCCAAAAUAAUCCUAUCAAAGACGUACAAUCAUUGUAAUGUGGUCAGAUGAAAGCUCACGUAGCAGCACCGGCCUGGGCACUGUCUCGUGUCCUGGUCUGUGGUGCUCUUCUUUAGCCUUAGUUGGGCUGUUCUAAGAUUAAUAAUAGAAAUUGAAUUGAACGCAUAGCUAACUUGAAUCACAAUUGCAUCGUUAACUGAAUAGAAUUCUCAUACUUUGGAGUCCAUGAUAGAAAUAGAAUUCUAAUUCUUUGAAGUCAUAGAAGUAGAGUUCUUUUUCUCCAGAGGUGAUUACAGGAGUAGAAUUCUAAUUCUCUGUUUAUUCAUCAAGAAUAGAAUCCUAUUUUUUUUUAUCAUUGGACCCAAAAAUGAAUUUUAAUGCUGUUAUAGUUGAUCAUAUUAAAGAGAUUCUAAUUAUCCAAAGUUUCUAAUUCUCCAAAGUUAUUCAUGGAAAUAGAAUUCUAAUUUUGUGUGUUGUGAUGGAAAUAGAAUUCUAAUUUUGUGUGUUGUCAUAGAAAUAGAAUUCUAAUUUUGUGUGUUGUCAUAGAAAUAGAAUUCUAAUUCUCCAAAGUUAUUUAUAGAAAGAGUUCUAAUUUUGUAGAUGUUAUAUCGGAAAUAGAAUUCUAAUUUUGUGUUGUCAUAGAAGGAAAAAUUCUAAUUCUCCAAAGUUGUUUGUUAAAUAGAAUUCUACUUUUGUGUAUGUUAUCAUGGAAAUAGAAUUCCAAUUUUAUGUUGUCAUGGAAAUAGAACUCUCUAAAGUUAUUCAUAGAAAGAGUUCUCAUUUUGUACAUGUUAUCAUGGAAAUAGAAUUCUAGUUCUCUAAAGUUAUUUAUAUAGUAUUCUAAUUUUGCGUAUGUUGUCAUAGAAAAGAGUUCUAUUUCUCCAAAGUUAAACAUAGAAAUAAAAUUCUAAUUCUCCAUAAUUAAUCACAGAAAUAGAAUUCUAAUCAACCUGUCUGCGCCUUCAGUAAAUGAGUUCUUUUGUAGCUACUGUUGUGAGAUUGAAUAAGCUUUGCAAAGCUUUGGCAAAAAUACACCUAAAAAAAAUUGCAAAAAUUCUAUAAAGCUUGUCCAACCUAGCAACAGUUGCUACGAAGGCAUGCAUUUGUGGGUGGGGAUAGACCAAUACUGUGUAGUUCAGUUAAAAUGAAAUUCUAUUUCUGUAUAGAAUUCCCCUCAUAGUGCCUCAUCCAAGUGCUUCUAGAACCUCCGCAGUAUCAGUGUACUGUACGUGUCAUGUCCUGAUAGAAGUGGCCCUUUUACACGACUGAAUAAUAUACCGCUGAAGAUUUUGAGCAUUUAAAAUGUUUAUAUUUCUGUAAAAAACUGUCCGAGAUGACUGAAGGACGUCCUCUGUGAUAAGUCUGUUUCUCUAUAUUGCACCGACAAACCACAUCAGUUAAUCAAAAUCUAGAUGCCAUUAAGUCUAUAGCUGGAAAGUGUCUAUGUUUGAAGCCAGUGCUUCUGUAAACAGCCACACUUUGCAUGGAAUGUGUGAGUUAUAUGCAAACAGGCUUUCCACAGUGGAAAAGAUAAUAUAAACAUUGAUAGAUUUAUAUGAAUGCUCAAAAUUGCGUGCAGCACAUCUUUAAGAAGGACUGUUUCGAGCAGUAACCUUCCCCACUGUAGAAGAAACCGCACAACUGAACUGAGAUCAGCGUAAAAGGGCUGCUUCUCUCAGCGACCGUGUGUUUAUCCCCUCUGUUCUAACCGUUCUGCUGCCUCAGUGGAUGUUGGAAGUGUUGGAGAACCUGUGCUGUUCUAGGUUUUUAGAGCUUCUGUGCCUCCAGGUGACUUUGUUUGGUCAAUUCUGUACUUACAUUAGAUUCUAAUCUGAUGUGGUUUAAGGUUAUUAUGAUUUUUUUCUUUUUUACUGAUUGAAAAUCUAGGGUUAAUGUUCCGAGAACUAUAUUAUACAGUAGAUGUAUAUUUUUGAAAAGUGGUUUUUAAUUUUAACUGCAAAGAAUAUUGCACUGACUGUGGUGUUGUACAAUAUUCUGUGUUGAAUGAAUGUUAAUUAACUAAAUGUAUAGCUAUUGACAUGAGAUGUAUAACAAAAGAAUGUCUUACUGAAAGAAAAUAUAAAUUUCGACUUUUUGAUACGA